UAUUUCGCCAGGAAUGCGGUCACGAGAUUUCUGCAGUGUUCGUAGAAAACUAUUACACAGCGUUAUAUAUAGAAGUCUCAGAUCAGCAAAUUAAAAAGGAAACGGAUGUAUCAUUUGUCUGACUGAGGGUCGACAUUUUCAAUUACUUAAAAACAUAUUGAUGGGGUGUCUUUGCAAUUAUUUGCUCGUGUUUAUUUUUUGUCUGGUCGAUUCUCAAAAAUCGACCUUUAAAGCUGCAGUUUAUGAACAUGCGGUUAUUAUUCCUAGAGAUUGGGGAUCCCAGGAUAACAGAUCCACUGCAUUACAAAACAUGAUGAAAAACGUUGACAUUUAUAAGGAACAGGCCACGAUAGCAAGCAAACAGAACGUGGAUAUCAUGGUAUUUCCUGAAUAUGGAAUUUAUGUUGGUAUGAGGAUUUCCCGAGAAGAUAUAAAAUCAUAUCUUGAAUAUAUUCCUGAUCCAGAAGAAAACUGGAAUGCAUGUCAACAUCCAGACAAGUAUAAAGACACAGAUAUACAAAGACAUCUAAGUUGUCUUGCAAAAGACACGUCAAUGUAUCUGGUGGUUAACUUUGGUGAUCGUCAGCCAUGUGAUGUUGGAAAAGAUCCGAACUGUCCUAAAGACGGACAUUAUCAAUUCAAUACCAACGUUGUUUAUAACCCUUGGGGUGAUCUAAUUGCAAAAUACCACAAGAAACACUUAUACUACGAGAAACAUUUUGAUGUACCACCGGUAACAAAACUGGUGACAUUUGAUACCCCAUUUGGCAAAUUUGCCGUUUUUACCUGUUUUGAUAUUCUUUUCAAAACACCUGCAAUCGAUGUAUUGAAUUUAGAUGGUGUUGGGAAUGUUGUGUUUCCUACAGCUUGGAUGGAUGCUCUCCCUUUACUUGCUGGCAUUCAGUUCCAUUCUGCGUUUGCGGCAAGCGCGAAGGUUAAUCUUCUAGCAGCAAAUAUAAACCUGCCCAUGCGCAGAUUUCAUGGAAGUGGAAUAUAUUCUCCGACUGGCUACAAAGCUUUCCACUACAGCGAAUCUCACGGAGGAAAGCUUUUAAUUGCUGAUUUAACUGUUGUAAAGACAAACGCAUUUACGACCAAAUUUCAAAGACAAGAUUUUAAAAUAGAAAGGUCAUCGGCUAGUCCCGGACAGUUCAAAUCUGAAGUUCGACAUGAUCCAUUUAUGUUUGUUCCUAUACAGAACAACAAGGGAAAUGUGAGUGUAUGUGAUGGGAAAUUGUGCUGCUUUCUGUCUUAUGAACGAUUAGGUAGCGACUCAGAAUAUUUUGCGUUUGGUGCAUUCGAUGGCCUUCACAAGUCGAGAGUACAACCAUACUACCUAAAAGUGUGCACACUUUUGAAAUGUAAAACAGCAAAUAGAACUAGCUGUGGAGAUCGAAAUGUAAAAGAAUCACUGACCAAUUUCACGAGCAUAAAAUUAAAGGGGACGUUCGAAACUAGGUAUGUAUUUCCUGAAGUUCUUUUAGCAGAUAAUGGUCAACUGAAACUUUCUUCUGGAGACUUUUGGACAUACGCAGAUGGAGUUUUAGAAUCGAAACAGGGUUUUGAACACCCUGUCUUAUCCGUUUCAUUGCUUUCAAGAGACUACGAAAGAGAUAAUGGAGACGAAAUAGACGACGAAAAUGAAAGAAAUGAUGGAAACUGUAUCUAUUCAAAUCUCUUUGUUAUGACAGUUGUUGCUAUCGCUAUGUUUUGUAUUGAGUGAAAGCCAGCUAAGAAAAUGUAGAAGCAUGUCACGUCAAACAUAGAUCCUUUUUCUUCUAGUGUUUUUUGUUGUUUUGUUUAUGUUGAUUUUUAAACGCCUGUUCACAAGACAUAUUAUGGUAUUGUAGCAGUUAGGAUUAUUAUGUCAUAAUUAUUUCCCUUGUUUAAAACUAUAAAUUUCAUAUUUCUUAUUUAAGAAUUUACAUGAAGUUUAUUCCGCAUAUAUUUGUUAAAUUGCAUAGCUUUUGCUAUUUGAAAUCAUUAGUUAAAGGUAUUUAUUUUAAUUGUAAAGUUUAAUAUUUGCAUCGUUGCAACUUCUCUGGAUACCUUCGGUGAGAGACUUAUAGAUUUUAUAUAACUUCUUUUAGAUUCAUACUUUGAAUCCUCUGAGGACUGACAUUCAGUCCCACCAAGGAAAGCCAAGCUUUCCAACCAGUUUCCAAUAGGUAAGUGCAUUAGCUACAUGCCUCCUUAGUACGGUUAAUUUGAAGUCAUUGAAUGCUCCAUUUCUACCCUUUUGGCUUUACAUGAUAUACAUGAUAACAGUUGUACUUUGAUGAUUAAAUUAUUUAUUGUUUUCA